GCCACCUAUGAUUCGCACGAAAACGCGCUCCGGUGAAAUUCAAGCGAGAGAAAGCAGUUGUAACGCAUAUGGCGUGUUGAUAUCGCAAUUUACUGCGACUUUAAUUCGCGUGUAAAGCCGUCUCGCGCGAAACAAAUAUGAAGAUAAUUUCAGCUCGAGUUCGCGAGUACCAUGCAUGGCGUAUUUUGGUCGUGAGCGUAAUUUCGCUCUUGGAAGUGUUUUUUGUUUCUCGAAUGGGGGUUUUCGUUAGACGAAAACUUACAACGUAUCGUGAGUAAGUAAUCAAGCGCGUUGCUCGCGUAUCGACAUUUAAAGUGCUUGGCGAACCAACAUUUGACGAGUGCCGAUGCGAGUGAGGAAGCUCCAGACGGCACGAAGGACGUCAUCCCCUUUAGAAGGGCUGCAGACAGACGAACCCUCCAAGCUCCCUUUCCCCACCUUCGCCUCAUCGCCAUAGCAACCCCUUGCAUUCAGGAGCCAGACUAACCAACCGACCGAUCUCUGCCCCUCGUGUCGUCUCGCUCUUCACGCUGCUGAAAUACCCACACAAAACAUAGCUCCACUCUCUCGGCCUCCCCCUCGCGUCUCAAUACGGACCGUAGCAGGACGAUCUUGUGAAUUGAACGGCGAAUCGGCGCAAAAGUGCUAUCGGCUACUUCGCAAAUGAGGUCAAAACACCCUCUGCCUCGGCGUUUCCAUCAGAAAAUUUCUCGCGACCGCUGCUUAAUAACCUCCAAUCGGCGCUCGAGUUUCCCUCGGAGCGGUUAUUCAAAUUGAAAAUCGCGGAGGAUUAUACGGGGACUGCUGCGUACGGUAAAAGUAUCGCGAAGAAUAGUCUAGAUAAUCUCGCAGUCUCGCGCUGCUCCUCCUAAGUUGGCAGGAAUUCAGGAACGAAUCUACGUAGCGAACAAUAAAACUUGGAUGUACAACCGUUGGCUGUCGAGAAAGAAAGAGAAAGAGAGAGUAGCGGCGGAGGGAAAUUUUGCCAGGAAAUAUUAAUCGCAACGUUUUAGAGACGUGUGUCACGGGCAGUACAGGAUUUUAAUUAGCGCAAGGCGUCUCUAGCUUCCACUGGCGAAGCCAGUGAGAAAUUAUUAACUACUUAUUCCUUGACAAGUCCGUCCCUGCGAGCAAUUCGAGACCCCCGCAUGUACCCCUCUCGGUAAUUGAGCAAUUUCUUGGGCAUAACAGGGAACAUGGUAAUUCUUGCGUUUUCGCACAAUACAGAAUGGACUCUAUAUCGUCUCGUUGUGGUGAUCGCGGCCCGAGAGCUCGUCAGACAACUCAGCGGGCCGAAUGAUCGCCACUCAUUCCCGAAAUUGUCCCCGUCGUGCAAUUUUUCCGUCGCCUCGGCUGUGUCGAAUUCGACGCGACACGCAGGUGGAAACUUGGCGUCCGCGACGAUCCGGCCGUUUAAAGUCCACGACGUCGCGUCUACUCCACGUCAGUCGCGUACGUCGACGGUGACGGUCCCCGAGGGAUUUCCACGCGGUGAGGAACACCUCUGAGAAAGUUUGAUCGCGCACGCAGAGUAAGCGAGUCAGCCGAUCAGUCGGUAGCAGUGGAUUAGCUUGUAGUCUCGUGGAAAAGCGCGCAGGCAAUUUCGCCGUGAAAAAUGAAAGUACUUCCGCUGCUCGUUACGUUCGUGGCUUUAAUCGCCGGCCAGGAUACGAGAACCGUGGUAUACCCGUCCAACGGAAAUGGCUCGUCCUCGGUAGAGAUAGGGGGUAAGAUCGAGCCGGUGCCUCAGCCGGAUAUGACGCUCAGGGUGGUCUCUGCGAGCCUCUUGCCGCCGCAGCUGCCGCCGCCGCCGCCGCAGCCGCAGCCGCAGCCGAUGUUGCCCUCGGAUUACUUUUUCCCCGCGCCUCAAAGAGCGUUUUUGCAUCAUAGAAGCGAAAACGUGCCGUAUGGAUACGAGUAUCCUAAUAUUGGAUAUCCGGUGGCGCAGGCGGUGGAACACUCCAUCGUGCCGUCGUCGAAACAGCUCGUAAUAGUCAGUUUUAUCGGACUGUUGUUGCUGUUGGCGAUUAUACAGAACACGCUGAGCUCCGUUAAGCGGAAAGACGCGAUAAUGGAUUUGUUAGCGUCCAGGCAAAAGCGGGAUGUCUACGCAACGCGCGAUUUCGGGUCCGUGACUCCGGAGGAGGAAGAGAUUCUUAAUAACGAUGCCAGAGUACGAUGCAUACAAAGGACGAUCUGUCUGGAGAAUCGCAAGCUCUUCAGAGACCUGGGCGCGCCCGGUAAAAUGCUGGCGAGGUACUUGACGAACGGCAUAGAAAAAUCGCUGAAGCCAUCCUCAGGUUGGGACCGUCUCGUGAGGGACGCGGGAGCAGCGGGAAUUCGAGGCGAGGACUGCGACGUGCUUUAUAGAGACUGCGACAUACCCGUGACGAGGAAGAUGCAGCAAGUUUCGGACAUAGUCUCGGCAGACGCGAAAAACCGCGAUAUCUCGGGUUCGAACCGCUAAUUGUCGGAAGCGAGGCGCUGCUUCGUCCGCGCGUCUUCGCCUCCGCCUCUCGCGACACACGCCCGAAAUGCGAAAAUGAAAUCUCUUCUGUGGAUGAUAAAAUGAUUAACGUGAAUGAUUUCGGAAUCGAUAUUUUUACUUCCAAUGCGAAUGAGAAUGUAACACGCACUGAUUGACCGAUAAAACGAUGCAUCCCCCGUGACACUCCAGGCAUGUCGUAUCAACGCAACGUCGACUUAGGAUCACAACAUCGUACGAGUAAAAGGCUCGGCGAUAUUAAUGAUUUUUUUAAAUUUUAAUUACAAUAUGUGUUUUUUUGUGUUUUAUCCGCUACAAACAUCGACAUCUAGCCUGAACUAUUUUAGGUAGCAGUCCGCUAUUGUACACACACUUUCUCUCACUGGCACACCCUUUCUCUCUCGUCGUCGGAGUAUACAUAAGAAAAGAACUAUCAAAUUGCGAACAGAAUGGAACGAUCGCGCAUUCGGCAUUUUAUGUGUUGUUAGCUUUCGUUUGUAUUCGUCCACUGUGCACUUCCGUGUCUCACUCACUCACUCACUCUCUCAUUCUCUCUCUCUCUCUCUUCCUUUCUCCCUUUUUCUCUUGCAUUUCGCAGUUUUUUCUUCCUCUUUCCGUCUCAGCUAAUCGUCUAUAAUAAUAUAUUCAAUAAUGUAUUAUCGUUAACGUUAAGGCAUUAGUCUCCGUUUCAUGCAUUUUUCAUGUGUCUCAGUUUCGAUAACGGCGGACACGCAAAAACGAGAAAUCGUGAUCCCGAAAUACGAGUACGCACAGUGGCCUGCAAAAAAAGCAAAGUCAAUACAUGGAGACGAUACGAUUUUCCGUUUGAACGAUUAACAAAACGGAUUUUACCCCGCGGAGAUAAUUACUUCUUAUGCAGGGUAUUUACAUAUAAAAUAAUUGUACAUCUGCUACACCACUUUUCGAGUUCCGGGACGACGUCUCUCUUUCUCUCUUUUUUCUCUCGCUCGCUCUCUUUUUCUUUCUGUCUGUCUCUCUCUUUCUCUCUCUGCGGAACUUGGCGCGCCCACCAUAGUAACACGCUAAACGCGUAUAAACUUACACUUAAUAUAGACGUGAGAUCGCUCGUUACAAUAGUCCAGGCUUAACAAAACACGAAGGAAAUGAGAACAUAUUGCUAGAACCAUUUACGCGAUUAGUCUGAUUUCAUUUUGGCAGCGCCGAUGACGAACUCUGCUUGCUUUCCUAUUCAUGCUUUCAAAGAAUACAGUUUAAUCGUAUAAUAAUGUUGUGUUACAAAUAUCGCUUGUGGAAAUAUAAAGUAACAUCUCGCGUGUUUCACAUUCUCGUAGAUUACGUUUCAUUGAUGUCAAUUUACACGUUGUAGAUAUUUUAUACUUUUGUCGUCGAGGUCGCUUCAUGUCACAUGGAUAAAACGUAAAAAUUGAAAAAGUCCGCGCAUAAAAAAAAAAAAGAAA